AUGGCAAAGCCACCGGUUGCGGUUGUCUGCGUCGGUAUGGCAGGCUCUGGUAAAACCACCUUCAUGCAGCGCAUUAACUCCCAUCUUUACUCUAAACACCAGCCGCCUUAUGUCCUGAACCUCGACCCCGCAGUCCACUCAGUCCCUUUCGAAAGUAACAUUGAUAUUCGGGAUUCCAUAAACUACAAAGAAGUCAUGAAACAGUACAAUCUGGGGCCUAAUGGAGGCAUUCUAACGUCCCUUAACCUUUUCGCUACCAAGGUUGAUCAAAUACUCUCAAUUCUCGAAAAGCGCACACUCGCGGAUCCUGCCCAGAACCCGUCGGCCAAACGAUUCGAACAUAUCCUCGUUGACACGCCUGGGCAGAUAGAAGUAUUUGUAUGGAGUGCAUCAGGAAGCAUCUUACUCGAGUCUUUGGCCUCUUCAUUUCCAACUGUCAUAGCCUAUGUGAUAGAUACGCCAAGGACCUGCUCAACCAGCACUUUCAUGAGCAAUAUGUUAUAUGCAUGCAGUAUACUUUACAAAACGAAGCUUCCAAUGAUUCUGGUUUUCAAUAAGACGGAUGUCAAGGAUGCAGAAUUUGCGAAGGAAUGGAUGUCUGACUUCGAGGUAUUUCAAGCGGCACUGCGCGAAGAAGAGGAAGGGGGAGCAUUUGGUGGAGCUGAAGGCGGAGCGGGGGGUAUGGGCAGUGGAAGUGGUUACAUGGGGUCUUAUCUAAAUAGCAUGAGUCUGAUGCUGGAAGAGUUCUACCGGCACCUUAGCGUGGUGGGCGUGAGCUCGAUGACUGGUCAAGGCAUUGACGAGUUUUUCGACGCAGUUGAGGAAAAGAGAAAAGAGUUUGAGCGGGACUACAGACCCGAGUUGGAGAAGAAGAGAUCUGAACGAGAGAAAGAAAAGGAGACUCGAAGGGAUGUUGAGCUUGGAAAGUUACUCAAGGACAUGAACAUUACUACGGGGAAAAAAACCAGCGACCCUCAGACAGUAUCUGACAUUGAGGAAGAAGACAACGAUGACGACACAGAUGAAGAUGCUGACGAGGAGCCAGCGUCUGGCAAACGAGAUGACGCCGGGUUGUCCCAGAGGUACAAGGCCGCCCUGGAGUCCUCAGAAACACCAGGAGGCGAGCGGGACGAGAGUUUUACCAGAUAUAUACGGUCUGGCAAUGUAUAA